AAGAAAAAGCAUGACUUCUGACUGUGCUCAGUUGAUUUGAAUCAUGGGAUUCUUAGGCAUUUUUAACAAUCAACUUCUAGUUUACGAUGAUUAUACAUGCGACUAUAAAGCCCGUUUUAAUAACUGGCUUGUUUUUCUUUCUGGUAUACUCUGGCUGGACUCAUCCUCUUUCGCCCCAUCGGAAAUCCCAUAUCCCAGGAAGACGCAUGACAAUGACGAGAAAAUCCUGUCAAGACAGCGCUGGAAACAUUGGAAUAUGCAUGUUCAAAUGGGACUGCAUCAGUUUAAAAGGCAUAACAUUAUCUACCUGUGCUGAUGGAUUCCUGUUUGGAGCUUGUUGUAAAGUAAAGGAUGAUUCGCUGCAAAAAUUUACGAAUGAUCCUUUAUCUGAGAACGGCAUUUAUGACCAAGCAGAUACCGCCAAUACAAUACUAGAUUUCCAAAGUAUAGUAACACCUAGCGAUUUAUCCAGUACUAAAUUUGCUGAUUUACAAAAUAUCAGCAUUACUUCAGGAAAAUUACCAGACAAUUCACAAAGUUUAACGACAAUAAGCGAAAAGUUUUUAAAUUACAAUAAUUCAUCGGUUUUGAUUGAUGAUGAAUAUGGUGGACUUAUGCUGCAAAAUAUAAAUGCAUCAUUAAACGAAGAAAGGGAUAGUACAUUUAAAAUUAGUUUCACUUCAUUCGAUAUUAUCACCAAAGAAAACAACGAUGAUAAUUCACACAAUGUAUAUAAUUCUUCAAUAGAUUUUACAGCUGAAAGAAAUUCAUUAGGUUCAUCACAUGAUCUGUCAGAGUAUUUUGGAAAAAGUUCUGUAAAUUAUACACAAUUCGAAUCUGAAGUUUCUCAAUUAACUCCCGAUUUAGAAUACAAUAUAACUUAUUUCAUGGACACCAAUUCAUCUGAACAUAGUAUUAGUCACAUAGCAUCUAAUAUGGAUAUGUAUACAAUGUAUCCAAAUUCACAAAAAGAAGCAGACAUUGAGAACGAUAUUUUAAAUGUGACUGUUAACGAACCAUACAACAAAAAUAUUUCUAACGGGUAUUACGAGUAUGAAAUUAAGCCACACAAAAAUAAUCAAACUAGUAUUUAUGAUUACGAUCAGGAAAACAGCAUAGUGCACAAAGAUUUUGAUGAUUCUGGUUAUACACUGCCGCAAUCUGAAUCCAUGCAAAGCAGCGAAUUACAAGUUCACCUUUUUACUUCCGAAAGCAUUUCGACCAAUUUUAUUGACCUCGAAAGUAAUGUUAAAGCGGAUGAAAAUUCAUCGAGUACGACAUCAAAUGAUUUUGUGCUAUCUGCUGAAGUUGUUAAAACAGAAAUGCAGGAAGCAACGGCAAGCAGCAAAACUGCAAUUCCACUUGAAAGUAAAAUCAGCAAUAUUGAAUUUGAUAAAAGACUAACAACUAAUGGAGCUGUCACAUAUAUAUGGCAAGAGAACAUAGAUCCAGUGCUACCUUCAAGUUUUCAGUCUUUGUUAUCUCAGCUAACUUCUGAAGAUUUAACUAAUCCUGCUACAGUGAAAGUGUGGAUAGAAACUCAGACCAUUUCACCUAAGGUAACAAUAAAUCAAAGUCAGAACGAAUUUAAUAGGACAACAGAGCCUUACAAUACUUUUGAUAAACAAAAUGAAAGCAUAUCUGUUAGUUACAACACCUUAUCAAAUAUUUCUACAGUUGCUUUCAGUGAUGCUUUUCAAAAUAAAACAAUAUUGGAGACUACAACUGUAAAACUUUACACCUCAAAUAAAUUUGAAAAAAACAAAUUAGCAGCAGUUUUAGAAUCUGACGCAGAAAAUAGUAUUACUAAAACAGACACUUCUUCGCCUUAUAAUAAUGUAAAUAAUGAUACAGAAAAUAAGCAUACUGUCAGUUUCUCCAUCCAGAAUGAAAGCAGCUCCGUUAUUUAUCCAGAAGAAUAUAUUUCCUCGCUUGAAACCUACAAAAUUAAGAAAAUAAAUGUAACUGAACACGAUACGUCUUUUUCAGACGUGAAUGUUCAUACUGACGGUAAACCUCAGUCAUUAUCUGAUGGAUAUGAAAAUGUUAAUUUAGUUCAAUACAUACACGUUCAAGAUAAUGCCAAUGGAGGAAAUGGAACUCAAAUGAGUGACAGCAUUAAUUCCUAUCAUAUCUUACCAAAUUCCAUAAAUUUUACUGUGAUUUACAACUCGACGCAGACGGUAACGAAGGUUUCUCAGGGAGUUAACAAUGGAGUGUUUGUAAGUGAUCUUUAUGAUGAUUUUGAUAUGGAAAACGAAAAUCUAACGAGUAGUUUUUCAUCAGCCUUCAUAAUCAACAAUCACGCUAGCAAAAACACAACGAUACAAAAUACAUUUAACACUGAGAAUAAAAUAAGCGCACACUAUAAUAACUCUGUAAGCCAAAGUGAAAAUAUUCCACCGCCACACAUCAAAAAUGUAUAUGAGUACAUGUACGGUUCAAACGUUAACCUAAAUAGCAGCUUAAUUGAGAAAACAUCAACAUAUUUUGCAGACCCAGAAGAUCUGAGAAAUAAUAUCACAGACAUUUAUACUGUUACUUCUGAUACUACACUGCCAGCAGAAUUUAAUUUUUCUUUAAGCACGAACUUGAAUAUUUCAUUGGACAAAGAUUUAUACACGCCUAGUCAGAAUAAUCUAUUGUCAUUAAGUUUAUUAGAUUGGUUUUUUUCGGGUAUUAACUCUUCUGAUAUGUUUCUUACCAACAGCUCUACAUUAGCUUCGACAGAUACAACUCCCCAAGAACCAAAAGUAAAUUAUUCUGCCAAUAGUUUUCAAAAUCAUCCCAUAAGCUCUGAUGCUAAUAUUGAAAAUAAAAACAUUGGUAACGUGUCCACAAGUAUUUAUGAUAUAACAUCUCUUUCAGAUCAGUUGGAUAAUCAAAGUAGUGCAUCAUCUGAAAGUGAUAUUUUUCAAAGUGAAGGAAAUGAUGCAGAAUACGAUACUGGGCUACAUUCGAUAACCGAAAACAGUUCAUUGGAUGAUUUAUUACAUUUUUCAAGUUCUCAAGAACAGAUUCAGGAAUCGCAGAGUUCUAAUUCAACGAACAUUUCUGAGCUUUUAUUAUUAACUGCUGCUGGUGUUACUUUGCCGGCCAGUGCAGAAAGCAAUUUAACAAAUAAAACCAGCGCUGUAGACAUUGUAACAUUGCCCCAAUCUCACAUCGAAGUAAACAGUUUGACAACAGCGAAUUCUAGCGAGUUAUCUCUUGAAAAUUAUUUAAAUAACUAUUCCGUUCCUCCAUCCCCUACAUCUUUAAUGAACGUAUCAGUUUCAAACAUGACGCUUAACAAUAAUAAAACUUCAGUAACUUAUAUAAACGCAGAAUCAAUGAACUCGUCAACAUAUCCGACUGCUUUCAUAAAUGAUAAUGCAGUGACUUAUCAGGAUACAGUAUCCACAAACUUGCCGAAUGGUAUUCCAGCAAGUGAAGGUGUAGACACUUUAAUGUUUGAAACGACUACUCCAACUUCAUUUUCCGUUUCAACAAUACAGUCAGCUACAUCCAAAGGGCCAACAGCAAUGAAUGAGAAUCAUCGAUGGAACUACAAAAAAGAUUGUGGAGUAAGAUUCAUGCAACCUAUGGGACGGAUAGUUGGAGGACAAAAUACUUAUUUUGGUAAAUGGCCGUGGCAGGUUUUAGUGAAAGAAGCUACGUGGUUGGGACUUUUUGUGAAGAAUAAAUGUGGAGGUGUUCUCAUCACAGAUAAAUACGUGUUAACUGCAGCUCAUUGUCAGCCAGGGUUCCUUGCGUCGCUGUACGUCGUUCUAGGAACUCACGACUUGAGUGGAAGUUACGCCAGCAAGCCUCCAGUUAUCAGAGACGUUAGGCGAAUGGUAGUACACAGACAUUAUAAUGCCCAAACAUUUGAAAAUGAUCUGGCUCUUUUGGAAAUGGAUCAAAAAGUGGAGUUUUUACCACACGUAGUUCCCAUUUGCUUACCACACCGAAAUGAGGACUUCACAGGAAAAAUGGCAUUUGUUACUGGUUGGGGUAAACUUACUCAUGGCGGAGAUAUUCCCAAUAUUUUACAAGAAGUUCAAGUUCCCAUUGUAGCAAAUGGAGAUUGUCAAAGAAUGUUUUAUUAUGCCGGGCAUCAGAAAGCAAUUCGAAGCAAUUUUGUUUGUGCAGGAUAUAUAAGUGGAGGUCAAGAUUCCUGUGAGGGGGAUUCCGGAGGACCAUUGAUGGUUCAACGAGAAGAUAAACGCUGGGUACUUGUGGGAACAGUGUCUCACGGUAUUGGUUGUGCUGAUCCUAAUCUCCCUGGAGUGUAUAUGAGAAUGUCUUCGUAUCGGCCUUGGAUUGAUUCUAUUAUUAACAAAUAAAUUACGUGUAUAUAACUCUAAGCUGAGCAGAAACUAUACAUGCUCAGCUGAGGUGAAACUGUAUACAGUACAAAGUCCGUAAUCCGGACUCGUCGGGACUUCGGCGAUUCCGGAUUAUAGAUCAUCAAUUUAAAUCUGGUAAGAUGGCAUCAGAAAUUAUAUAAUUAAAAAUAUGAAACCAUAA